UUUCAUAAGUAAAUGUUGAAUUUACACUAAUAAAAUACAGUAGAUAGUUAAUAAGUUAAUUAUAGUAUAAACCAAAUCACCAAAUAAUUUUAUUUAAUUAAAAAUACAAAACAUAAACUUUAUAAUGGUAAAGAAAAUUUUAAUGGUUUGUUUAGGCAAUACUUGCCGCUCACCCAUUGCUGAAGCUGUCAUGAUUGCCACAAUUAAAAAAUAUCAUGUCUAUGAAGAUUGGCAAGUGGAUAGUGCGGCCAUUGCAAAUUGGCAUGUUGGUAAAGAACCCAAUAUUCGUUCAAUGAAUAUUAUGAAAAAGUAUAAACUACCCUACAAUAAUAAGGCACGACAGAUACGAGUGUCAGAUUUCGAUGAAUUUGACUAUAUCUUUGGUAUGGAUUUAUAUAAUAUGGCUGAAUUAGAUGCCUGCACACCUCAAGGUUCGAAAGCCAAACUAUUGUUGUUGGGGGAUUUUGGUUUGCCGGAAUCGGAUAGAAUAAUAGAGGAUCCAUAUUGUGCCCGCACUGAUGCCGCAUUCGAGAAAGUAUAUCAACAGUGUGUUGUAGCCUGCGAUGCGUUUUUGAAAAAGGCCUUAGCAAAUGAAAUUUAGAAGUAAAACAAAUAUAAAACAGAAUUGUACUUAUUAAAAGACUUUGAAAAACAUAACGAAUUUAACAUUUAAGGUA